UUAUGUGCCAACGGUCACGCAUCAGCGCACCCGCGCCACAGAGACCGGCUACCUCUUAGCUCCAUUGCGACCGCCAGCCAACAGGCUCCUCAUGAAGCCAUGGGAGUCACCAUUUGCGACGCUGGCGCACUCUGGAAAGCGUGGUCACGAAGAGCGAGAGAUACCCAACCGCCGCCAAAAAGAUUGUGCGACGCAAGCGUCCAGAGCUUCCCAGCUCAGCGCCAUCACGCCCCCAGGUUUGGUUCAGCCAAACAACUUGGAGCUUUCUCUACCGUCCGUACACUUUUUUUUUUCCCUUUUCUGCUGCUCGCCCGUUGCUCCUAUCCGGCGGCUCGGAAAGCUCUAAAUUGCUGGUUGCGGGGCACGCAGAAGCAACCCCGAGCUAAAAGCCUUUGGUCUCCCAGCCAGCCUCUCUGCCCAGUGGGCAAAACAGGUAGUGGUGGCUCUUCUAGCUAA